AUGGCGAGUUUCACAUCUAGAACAGGUUAGAAAGUAAGAAAAUCUUCAUUUUUAGAUUAAAGAAUGGUGGGGAGCAAAAGUUACAGUUGAUCCUUAGUUAGAAACAAAAAAAUAAAAGAUUAAUGAGAUUGAUCAAUAUAUUAAGGGAUUGUCAUAAUCUUUUAGUAAUAUUUCAGCGUUAUUUUAAUGUAUAUUAAAUAAUUUGAUUUAGAAAUGCAUGGCCAUAUGGGACGUAUAAGUUCAAUUACUUAAAAAUUAUUUGAGAAGGAAACUGAUACUAAUAAGAGAAUAGGAAUUGAAGUAACAUCCAUGUUUGGAAACCUUUCAGAAUUGUUUCGCUCAAAAGUAUGUGUUAAUGAAAUAGUUAGACUGAACCGACAUCCGAAUUAAAUAAAAAUUAUGGUGAAUGGUUUUAAACAAUAGAAACUUUAAAGAUUUAGCUCACGAACUUCUCUGAAAUCAGAUUGAUUUAUGAUCAUUAUAAGCUGAAGAUUGAUGAAUUAGAAAAGGAUAGAUCUAAUGCACUUUCAAAAGGAUAACCUGAAGAUUUUAAAUUGUCAGAAAAAAUUAGGAGAGUAUCAUUUUAAAUAUUUUUAGAAUCAAAGCAAAUUGUCAAGUUCUGAAUCAAAUUAUAAAUAGAAGUUAUCUGAAAUUUUAAAUAACAUGAAUAAAUUACUUGGAAACUACUAUAAAAUGAUAAAUUAGAGUCUUGAUUCUGUAUGAUAAUACUUUAUCUUUAGUUUAUAACUAUCAAUUACGAUUUAUAUAUGAAUGCCAAAUCAAUUGUGAAAAAAAAUUAAAAAGCAUUUCAUAAAUUUAAAUAUCCAGAAUUGGAACCUAUAAUAGAUCUAUUAAGAGAAUAAAAAGAAAUGACAACUUUAUUAGAAAGAGAACAAUAAAAAGAAAAAGAACAAAAAGAAAAAGAACAGAAAGAAAAAGAACAAAAAGAAAUAGAAUUAAAAGAAAAAGAAUUAAAAGAGUAAAAGGAUAAAGAAAAAGAUGGAAAAUUUUAAUCUUAAGGGCCUUCUUAAUAGACUCCUUAGUGGGAAAAUAAUAAAAAAUUUAAUCCUUUUGAUCAAUCUUAAUAAGUAAGUCAAUCUAUGGUUAAUAAUCCUUAAUUACUAAAUUAAUCCAUGGUCAAUAAUCCUUAAUUAGUAAAUUAGAUGAAUCCUUGGACUGAAUUCGGAGGUUUUGGAGUAAAUUUAGCAUCUUCAUAAUCAUAAAUUAAUCCAUAGAUGACUUAAAGAUCAUCAUUAUAACAAUAGGGUAUUAAUAACAAUUUAAUGAAUAACUUUUAAUUAAACUAAAAUAGAAUAGGAAUGUUUGAUGAUGUUGGAUAAUAAAUGAUGAGCGACUUUAGAAACAGUUAAGUUAAUAAUUGGCAAUAAUAAUAUUUUGCGUAAAGCUAAAUUAUUAAUCAAAAUAAUUUUAAUAGCAAUAAUCCUUUUAUGAGUUCACAGCAAGUGGGUCAUAGAUCUAACAUAUAAUAAAAUUAAGGAUUUUAAUAAUUUGAUUAAUAAAUUAAUAGAAUUCAAUAGCCAAAUCCUUUUUUAGAUUUGGAUAGUGAAACUUAAAAAAGAGCAAUGUAUGAUAAUCCAUAUACAUAUAAUCAAUAAUUUUAAGAUAAUAAAAAGACUAAUCCAUUUGAAUGA